CAGUUUUCUCAUAUGACCACAAAAUUCCUUGAGAAAGAGAGAACAAGAUAAGCAGUGGUGCACUUCCUCUUUCAUUGUUGCCGAGAAUGUUCCAGACUGAGUGAGAAGCAAAAAUUCAUCAUCUCUGAAGAACCUUCACCCGGCUCUGUUGAAGAAAUUCCCAAAAUGUUGGUGGUGGCAACUGGACAUAUGGGAAGCAGGUGCCUGUUGCAUACCUCGGUUCCUGGCAUGCUGCUUAUCUGGUCAAUAUUACAAUUGAUGAAUAUUUCAGCUUCCUGCCCCCAGUGCAAUGAAAAUGCCAGCUGCUUCAACAGCACCCACUGUAUUUGUAAAGAAGGAUUCUGGACAGGCUCUGAGAAUAGAAGGAUUGUUGAACCCCAUGUGAAAUGUCAAGAUAUUAAUGAGUGUCUCUUGAAAGAACUGGUAUGCAAGGACGUGUCAUACUGUAGAAAUAAAAUUGGGACUUACAUAUGCAGCUGUGUAGUAAAAUAUCCUUUAUUCAACUGGGUAGCUGGCAUUAUUGAAAUUGAUCAUCCUGAUUGUUAUGUGAACAACAGCAAGAAAAUAGGAUCAAAACCAAGUAUUUUGGGAGUACUGAGUGAAUAUAAAUCCAAAGAGGAUGUUGCAAAAGGGGCUACCAUGUUACUUCACCAAGUGGAACUUCACAUCUUGAAUGAAAACUCAGCUAUACCAAAAAAGGAUGAAAAUCCUUCAUGGGAUAUAGUGUAUGAAACUAAGAGGUGCAAGACAAUGGCUCUUCUAGAAGCUGGCAACAACACAAUGAAGGUUGACUGCACUAGUGCUUUCAAAGAAAGCAAAAGUGGAGGUGAAACUGCAGUGGCUUUUAUUGCAUACAAGUCUCUUGGGAAUGUUCUAAAUGGAUCCUUUUUUAGUAACAAAGAAGGGUUUCAGGAAGUAAAAUUAAACUCUCACAUUGUUAGUGGAGCCAUUCGCUCAGAGAUCAAACCUGUCCUCUCUGAACCUGUACUCCUGACUUUACAAAAUAUCCAGCCCAUUGACUCAAGAGCAGAACAUCUCUGUGUCCAUUGGGAAGGAUCAGAGGAAGGGGGUAGCUGGUCUACUAAAGGAUGCUCUCACGUGUAUACCAAUAAUUCCUACACCAUUUGCAAGUGUUUCCACCUGUCUAGCUUUGCUGUGCUCAUGGCUCUAUCCCAUGAGGACGAUGCUGUGCUUUCUGCACUCUCUGUGAUCACCUAUGUGGGACUGAGUCUUUCUCUCUUGUGCCUGUUCCUGGCUGCCAUCACUUUUCUCCUGUGCCGGCCCAUUCAGAAUACCAGCACUACACUCCACCUGCAGCUCUCCAUCUGCCUUUUCCUGGCUGAUCUCCUCUUCCUCACAGGCAUCAACAGAACUAAGCCUAAGGUGCUGUGCUCCAUAAUAGCGGGAAUGUUGCACUAUCUCUACUUGGCUUCCUUCAUGUGGAUGUUUCUGGAAGGGCUACACCUUUUUCUUACUGUGAGCAAUCUCAAAGUGGCCAACUACAGCAACUCAGGCAGAUUCAAGAAGAGGUUCAUGUAUCCUGUAGGAUAUGGGCUUCCUGCUUUUAUUGUUGCUGUAUCUGCAAUAUCUGGCCACAGGAAUUAUGGAACAUACAACCAUUGCUGGCUCAGUCUUCAUAGAGGAUUCAUCUGGAGCUUCUUGGGGCCAGUGGCAGCCAUUAUCUUGAUAAACCUGGUGUUCUACUUUCUAAUUAUAUGGAUUUUGAGAAGCAAACUUUCUUCUCUCAAUAAAGAAGUUUCUACACUUCAAGACACAAAGAUUAUGACAUUUAAAGCCAUUGUUCAGUUAUUUGUAUUGGGAUGUUCUUGGGGCAUUGGCUUAUUUAUUUUCAUUGAAGUUGGGAAGACAGUGAGAUUGAUCGUUGCGUACCUGUUCACCAUCAUCAAUGUCCUCCAGGGUGUUUUGAUAUUUCUGGUACAUUGUCUGCUUAAUCGCCAGGUGCGGAUAGAAUAUAAGAAGUGGUUUCAUAGACUGUGGAAAGAAGUUGAAAAUGAAAGCACUGAAGUAUCUCAUUCUACUACUCACACAAAAAUGGAUCUGUCUCUGAACCUGGAAAAUUUCUGCCAAGCAGGAAGCCUCCAUGCUCCUUCUGACUCCAUCCCUCCGAGUACUGAAGUUGCAAGUGUAUAUUUAACAACACCCAGGUUUCACCUGGGUGCUGAGGAUAUGAACUCAGGUUUGCAGAUUCAGUCUACGGCUUGCUGUACAAGUGUCUAUUGAGGAUGUGACAACACAGGAUAACACACAGAUUUGAAAGAGUCACAAGAAACAACAUUCAUGAUACUGUUCUUAAAUUGAAGACCUUAUUGCUGAAGUCACCACCCAUUUGAGAAGACACAUUAUUAAGAAAUCAAUAUGAAACUGACCAGAAGUUUCUUUUUGAUGCCUAUAUUUUUACAGUAUGUAUAUUUUACAUAUAUUAACAUAUAUGAUAUUUAAAAAGCAGCUAAGGAAAAAUAGACAUUAAAGAUAGUAUGUAGUGUUGGAACUUUCUCCUGGAAUCAUGGACACUGGCAACUUUGUAAUGUCCAGUAAGUGGAGUAAAUGACUUUAUUGAUGAAUCUGAAGCCUUCUCUACAGGAAAUGUUUUAUGUCUUAUUCUGUAACAUAGUCAAGUAUCAGAAUACAAGUCAUAGACCCUAGAGAGGAAUAUACUAAUGUUCUGAUGAAUAGUAAUGUCCUCAAAAUAACCACCAAGUUUUUGUUUAGAUUUGGGCUGAUCUUAAAUUUGGUCAAAGAAGCUUCUUUGUAAAAUGGGUAAUGUUAAUGUAAAGAUUCAAAACUGGUAAAAUUGUAUCUGUGAGUUAAUCACUGCGAGUGCUCAUCUGUAGAUGGGUCAUCUAUAUCACACAUAUACACAUGCCUUACUCAUUACAUAUUACUCAUCAUACAUCAUACAUCAAGCACACAUCAAGACCUGAGUAACAUCUUGGAAGAGUGGUCAGAAAAAAAUGCAUGAAAUAGAGGAUGAUGAAGCAAUCACCAAAAUAAUGUCAUUCAGAUAGGAUGCAGAUGAUGAAAGUAAUCAUGGCACAGAACCUGUGUUUUCUUCUUCAAUACCUAUACACAAUCAAACGAGGAUAAUUUCAGCAUAGAUAUAAAGGAGACUUCCAAAUCCUGUUUGUCUGGAGAAGUUGCUAUUGAUAGCUGCAUUGGAAGUGUGGUCACAUCAGGGUGCUUAGGCCUCUGUAGUUUAGCAUUUGAGGCUACAUCUCAAGUUGAAACAAAAACUUUACAGUAUCACUCAUAUGGUGCUAGCUUUACAGGAAUAAAACAUACAAGAGUAAAGGUGCUAUGGGGGAUUGCAUGAAAAUUUCAGAAGGCCACUUAGGCUUGUGUAAGGGGCCACUUGUGGCCUGUAUUUAUGGAAACAAAUAUCCUAGGAAUGUAUAUUUUAUGAAGAAACCUCUUUGCUAACAUUUUCAUAAGUCUCUUUUUUUAAAUAAAAUUGUAUUUCACAAC